AUGGUGUCAUCCUGGCCUGGGCUGCUGCUAGGGGCCAUGCCACAGCAGUGGGCUGCGUUGAUAUCUGUGGCUCCUGUUAUCACUGAAAGCCGUGAUAGGGCUGCGCAGGGUUGGUGCGAGAGCUGGCUUUGCCCCUUGCCAGCUGCAGCACACGUGAGAGCAGGCCCUGCUCCAGACCUGGGCAGUGCACUAGAGCUGACCCAGUGGGCAGGGUCGCAGAAAGAGGAUCACAUCACUGCGGCCUACCCUGUCAUUAGUGAUCCACCUUCUCAGCUUCUCCAGGGCUUGCUCAAGGGCUGGGUACCUUCUCUACAGCUGGACCCCGCUCAUCCACAGUUGCCUCCUAGUGCCGGGGGAGGAGCCAAAGAUCCUGACAGGACUAGCAGGGUUGCCUCCCUCCCUCAGGGACUUCCUGCUGUCACUAAGUCAGGCGAGGGAGCUCACUGGGAGAAAGCCGGACUCUGCCAGGCUCUGCUGAGUGGGCCACAUCCUGGUGUUCGGGACACACAUGCUCUCUUGAGAGUCCCUAUGCUGAGGCUGUACUUUCUUAUCAGUUUGUUGUGCUUGGUGAAAUCAGACACGGAUGAAACAUGCCCGUCCUUCACCAGACUGAGCUUUCACAGUGCAGUGAUUGGCACAGAACUAAAGGUGAGGCUGAUGCUCUACACACAGAGAAACCAGCCCUGUGCACAGCUCAUCAACUCCACGGCUCUGGGGAGCCUAAAUGUGACCAAGAAAACCACCUUCAUCAUCCAUGGCUUCCGGCCAACAGGCUCCCCUCCUGUUUGGAUGAAGGAGUUGGUCCUGAGUUUGCUCAAUGUAGAAGAGAUGAACGUGGUGGUUGUUGACUGGAACCGAGGAGCGACCACCGUGAUAUACACCCACGCCUCUGACAAGACCAGAAGAGUAGCUCUUAUUUUGAAGGAAUUUAUCGACCAAAUGCUGGCCAACGGAGCAUCUCUGGACAACAUUUAUAUGAUCGGAGUGAGUCUAGGAGCGCACAUAUCUGGAUUUGUGGGAGAAAUGUACGCUGGGAAGCUGGGAAGAAUCACAGGUCUUGAUCCUGCAGGCCCUUUGUACAACGGGAAACCUCCUGAGGACAGAUUAGAUCCCAGCGACGCACAGUUCGUGGACGUCAUCCACUCCGACACUGACGCGCUGGGUUACAAGGAACCACUAGGAAACAUAGACUUCUACCCGAAUGGAGGACUGGAUCAACCGGGUUGCCCAAAGACAAUAUUUGGCGGCAUGAAGUACUUCAAGUGUGACCACCAGAUGUCUGUGUUCCUGUACAUCGCAUCCCUGCAAAAUAAUUGUUCCAUCAGCGCCUACCCCUGCGACUCAUAUCGGGAUUACAGGAAUGGCAAGUGUGUCAACUGUGGCAUUGGGCAAAUGGUGUCCUGUCCCCUCCUGGGCUACCAUGCUGACAGUUGGAAAGACCAUUUGCUGGACAAACACCCUCCGAUGAUGAAGGCAUUUUUUGACACGGCUGAGGAAAAACCGUUCUGCAUGUAUCAUUAUUUCGUGGACAUUGUAUCUUGGAACAAGAACAUAAGAAGAGGGUUCAUUACAAUCAAACUGAGAGGCGAAGAUGGAAAUAUCACAGAAUCCAAGAUUGAUCAUGAGCCAUCGACCUUUCAGAAGUACCAUCAAGUGAGUCUGCUUGCAAGAUUUAAUCAAGAUCUGGAGAAAGUUGCAGAAAUGUCCUUGCUGUUCUCCACAGGUUCUGUGGUAGGCCCAAAGUACAAGCUCAGGGUCCUGCGAGUGAAGCUGAGGUCGCUGGCGCAUCCAGACAGGCCUCACCUGUGUCGGUAUGAUCUUGUCCUUCUGGAAAAUGUUGAGACAUUCUUCCAACCUAUUCUGUGCUCCAAGUAG